AGCUGCUUUGAGGAAGUGUUGCACAGCGACGCCACAGCCGAAACACUGCAGUCACCUGCUCUCCUCUCAGCUGCCCUGCCAUGUUGAUUUCAUGGUGGUAUUUGUACCUGGGAGGUCAGAGCAUCUACAGGCAAGUGCUAAACAUGGCAUCUGUGCUGCAGAAGCUCAUCACCCCUCUUGCCACUGGACCAGCUGAGCCUCCCAGGAACAAAGUGACAGUGGUGGGAGUGGGCCAAGUGGGCAUGGCGUGCGCCGUCAGCAUCCUGCUGCAGGAGUUGGCUGAUGAGCUGGCCUUGGUGGAUGUGAUGGAAGACAAGCUAAAAGGAGAGAUGCUGGACCUGCAGCAUGGAAGUCUCUUUUUCAAAACCCCUAAAAUUGUAUCAGGGAAAGAUUACUCAGUGACUGCAAACUCGCGCAUCGUGGUAGUGACAGCAGGUGUACGCCAGCAGGAAGGCGAAAGCAGGCUUAACCUAGUCCAGAGGAACGUCAACGUCUUCAAGCACAUAAUCCCACAAAUAGUCAAACACAGCCCCAACUGCAUCCUCAUUGUGGUGUCUAACCCAGUGGAUGUUUUGACCUAUGUGACUUGGAAGCUGAGCGGCCUACCCAAACACCGCGUUAUCGGCAGUGGCACUAAUUUGGACUCUGCCCGUUUUCGGUACCUGAUGGCGGAACGACUGGGAGUCCACCCAAGCAGCUUUAACGGCUGGAUCCUGGGAGAACAUGGUGACUCCAGUGUUCCUGUUUGGAGUGGUGCAAAUGUAGCAGGCGUGAACCUCCAGAAACUGAACCCGGACAUGGGGAAAGACAGUGACAAGGAGAACUGGAAAGAGACGCAUAAGAUGGUAGUUGAUAGUGCCUAUGAGGUGAUCAGAUUGAAAGGCUACACUAACUGGGCCAUCGGACUGAGCGUAGCAGAUCUGACAGAGAGCCUCAUCAAAAACAUGGACAGAGUUCAUCCCAUUUCUACUAUGGUGAAGGGGAUGUACGGGAUCAAUAAUCAGGUGUUCUUGAGCCUCCCGUGUGUGUUGAACCGCACAGGAGUGAGUAGUGUGAUCAAUAUGAACCUGACCCAGGAUGAAGUAUCUCAGCUGAAGAAAAGUGCAGACACACUGUGGAACAUUCAGAAGGACCUAAAAGACCUAUAAGAGCCACGCAAACAAGAAAGCAAGCUUGUUCACUAAUUGUUUAAACAAACAUCUUGACUAAUACAGCAGCUUUAGAAGGUUUGUGUUUUCCGUCCUGCUUACAACACUAAUAUUAUGAGCAAAUGCGCAGACGCAGGUCUUCGUAGAUGCGGCUCAUCUGCUACGUGCAAUCGACAUGUUGAAUGUAUGUACAUUGAAUGUGCACAUUCCUUCUUGAUGUUUAAGUUGGGAAAUAAAGACUCAAACACUA